AUGAAGCCCGCAACCGUCCUCUUGGCCAUUUCAACCAUCUUCUUCUCCACCACAGGCGCACAAGUGCACCCACACAUUCACAAACGUUGCGCUGCCAACAGCACUAUCUCAGCCUCCGCUUCAGCAGCCCCACCACUAACAACACUCUCCACAUCCUUCAUGCUCGCUCCAACACCAUCAGCUUUACCGACCACCCUCGCAACCUCGAUCGGGUCGGCAUCCCCACCCGCUUCAUCCGCUUCAGCUUCAGCAUCGGCUCCUUCGCCAGCAACCUCAUCUACCUCCGCAGAUGCAGGGACAGGAAAACAAGUUACUAUUAACCCGGGUGAUACGCUUGAGAUCAUUGCUGCGGCGAAUGGAGUGGGCAUCUGCGAUAUCGCCAAGGCGAAUGCAAUUCAGGAUCCAAAUUUGAUAUUUGCAGGUGAAAUGUUGACGAUUCCCGUGCUGGUGGGAGAGAAGGAUGAUAGGAGUUGUUUACCAUAG